UUGAGUUUCAUUAAAGCAGAAUCGCGAACUCAACUUCUUGACUAUUGUUUAUCUUUAUUAAAAAGAAAGGACUUAGAUAAGGAUAUUAUGAAUGCAUUACUUAGGAUAGUGGUUCGUCUUACUCGCCGUCAUUCAGAUGCCAUUGAUUUUGUAAACAAGGAUGGUCUGAAUUUACUUUUCAAUUCAUUUAAGUCGAGGGCCCAUGAUUUCCGUGGACAGCAGAUAUUCAUUGUCAUGAUAUUACGGCACGCCCUUGAAGAUGCUUCAGUUUUAGAAUCAAUUAUUGAUAAAGAAAUAAAAAAUUGGUUCGCCAAUCCACGCCCACGAGGGGGCGAUAUCAAUGCAUAUUUACGAAACAAUGCUCAAUUUGCCUUACGGGCGCCAGAAAUAUUUAUUCAAUCCACUAAAAAGCUCUGCAAAUUAACAAGAUACGAUUCUAAUGGGCGUAAUCAACAAAUCACAUUAAUUAAACCAGAUACGGAAGAUAUUAGUACUACCACGACUAAAGAUACAACUGUCAAUGAAGAAGAGAUGACCGAUACAUUACCGGUGCCGUCGACAUCUGUUUCACUUGGAUCCCCUAAAAAGUUUUCAUUCGGUUCAGAAACAGCUGAAAGCAUCGUUCAAUUUAUUGCAAAUGAAUUGGUCGCAACUCGUGUGCAAGCUAAUCAAACUUUGGAUACAAAACUGCCUGAUACUAAUUUAAACGAUCGAAAUGAAAAUGCUAAUUCUUCCGCAACCACUUCCACUCCUACAAAUAACACAAAUACCCCACAACCUGUAUUUAAACCUGAAGAACAUUUAGAUUAUCUGUAUCGGUGUUUCCUACUUCAAUGCUUAACUGAACUUCUAUCUUCAUAUCCAUCAUGUAAAAUUGAAGUUGUGAAUCUUUCACGUCGCAGAAACAGCAUGGGGUCUAGUACUCAAUCGAAAUCAAAAACUUCUCUUUUAUAUUAUCUCCUAAAUGAGUUAUUACCAUACGGUUGUAUAACACCAUCUACUAAUAUUGAGAUGCGAAAACGUUAUGGACAAUCAAAAUGGACAACAUCUGCUCUUGUGGCACUAUGUUCUAAUGUUGGUAGCGAAGAUGAUAAGAAACCACAGCCGGAAAUAAUACAAGUACGAAAAUUCGGUUUGGAUUGUAUAAUCAAAUCAUUUAAAACUGCCAUUUCUUCAUCAGAUCCAAUUGAAACAAAAUAUGGAAGACUUUUGUCUUUGGCAGAGCUAUGCUAUGCUAUACUGAAUUCACGCACUGGUCCUAACACCACUGCCAACAAACCAAUUGAUGAUGGCCCCGCCAGUAUCGCCAAAAUAAUGCUAGAUAAAAAUUUUGUAAACACUUUAACUGAUGCACUUGCGGAAGUUGAUCUCAAUUAUCCUUCAGCGAGAAUUUUGAUAAACGCUUUAUUAAAACCUUUUGAAUGUCUUACAAAAGUUGCUAUUAAACUGGGUCGAUCUCCUGAAGCUCCUAACAAAGAGCAACAACGUCGUGACAGUAUUUCUUCCAUAUCAACGCCAUCUGCCGAUGAAAUGAAUCCAGAAACUGAGGAUGCACCUGAUUUGUAUGCAACUUCUGUGCUCGGAGCUCUAGAAGGCAGAGUGGAUAGCGAUGAAAUGGAUGACGAUAGUUUAGACUCGUCAGUUGAUGAACAAAGGUAUGAUGAUGGUGAAUUUGAUGAAGGAACCGGCAAAAUAGUAGUCCGACAACCGAUCCAUGGUCACUCAGUUAUAUUGGAUAAUGAAAGGAACGAUGAUCAUGAUUCUGAAAUUGAGCAUGGAGUAAAUCAACAUUUAGAAAACGAUGAUGAUAGUGACGAUGAAGGACAUCAUCAUGUUAGAGGUAACGAUGACCAAGAAAUGUGGGAUGUUCAUGAUCAG